GAAACAACUUCUCGCAGUGUCUCUAAGAGCCUAUGCUUGACUGUGGGAUCUUGCUUCAUCGGCUCAAGCAACUCCUGCUGGAUCUCUUCAUCAGCUCAAGCAACUCCUGCUGGAUCUCUUCAUCGGCUCCAGCAACUCCUGCUGGAUCUCUUCAUCAGCUCAAGCAACUCCUGCUGGAUCUCUUCAUCAGCUCAAGCAACUCCUGCUGGAUCUCUUCAUCAGCUCAAGCAACUCCUGCUGGAUCUCUUCAUCAGCUCAAGCAACUCCUGCUGGAUCUCUUCAUCGGCUCAAGCAACUCCUGCUGGAUCUCGAGGAGCUUAUCCACAGAAGAACCCUCUCCUACUAUAAACAAAAUCAAUAAAAACAUAAAUUACUACACGUAGUAUGAAAUGCAUUUGUUGAUAGUAAACGACCUCUGAAACUCAGCGCAUAAGUCAGUGUUCUUUUGCAAUGGGAACGGAACCUCUCGGGACUUUUUGGUCACUGGAUGGAGUGUGGCAGAGUCACAAUACUUUCAGACAGCUUAUUUUUUCGGAUCAUUCAUCAUGCAGUUACCUGGGGGAUACUUGGCAACUCGUUUUUCACCUAGAAGAGUAUGCGGACUGUCCAUCAUGAUCAGCAGCGUCUUAAUGAUUGUGCUGCCGUUCCCGAUCCGGUAUAUAGAUAAUCCGAUUCCUGUUUUUGUCAUUCGUUUUCUACAAGGUCUAGUAGAGGGUUGGUCUGUUCCGGCGAUGAAUGGCGUUAUAUCUGCUUGGGCUCCCAAGUCUGAGAAAAGUCGAAUGGUCACCUUUGUGUAUGCAGGGGCGUAUCUGAGUCCAGCCUUGGCCAUGGUGAUUACUGGCGUGACGGCGUGUUGGAUUUCCUGGAACACAAGCUUCUUUCUCUACGGUGGACUCGGGUUUAUUUGGUCCAUCAUUUGGAUAUGUGCAAUUUACGACACUCCCGAUCUUCAUCCAAGCUUACACAAAUCGGAAGCGGAUUUAUUUGGAAAAGAGGGUGCUAAAGUCUUUAAAGGGUCAUACGGAGUGGCUCGAAAAAUUCCUUGGGGUAAAAUUUUACGUUCACUACCUGUUUGGGCCAUCAUGUUUGGAAGCUUUUGUCGAAACUGGAUCUUCUCCAUGAUGAUUACACAAAUCCCGCAGUAUUUUAAAGAUGCCUUCAGAAAGGAUAUUGCAACGAUUGGAUUCACAUCAGCCCUGCCAGAGGUUUUCAUGACCAUAGUAACAAUAUCAGGAGGCAUUCUUGUCGAUAAGUUAAUAAAGCAUCAGGUACUUUCAACCACUCAUGGAAGAAAACUGGCACAGUGCAUGGGGUUCGGAAUAGAGGCUGUCUGCUUGCUUGCAUUGCGAUUUGUGGAUAUGAGCGAAAUUGCCCUGGUGACACUCUGUGUAGGUGUGGGUUUCAGUGGGUUAGCUAUUUCUGGUUACCAGGUGAACCCACUAGAUCUCGCUCCACAGUAUGUCAGCAUUCUAACGGGCCUGUCGAGACUCGGCUCACUAGGCGCCAUUCUUAGUACUUUCGUCGCAGGAAAGUUAAGACGAGAGAACCUUGAGUCAUGGCAGUUAUUGUUCACUAUUGCUGCUUCCAUUCAUAUGGCGGGAGUGGUCUUUUAUGGAAUUUUUGCGAGCGGUGAAACUCAGACAUGGGCCACAACUGAUGAAACUAGACCACUAUUAGCCCCAACAACAAGUUCAGAAGUUAUUGAAGAAGUCGAGCAACCAACGCAGACCAAAUUUAGUGCAUCCAUGUUUAAUUACAAGAACAAACGGUAUUUGGAACAAGACUAUGAUGAAGAUGGGAUGCCAAGUUGGUUUCUGAAUACAAUAUGAAUUGUGCACAUUCUUUUCAUUAUAAAACUAUGUGUAUAUUAUUUUGGUUUGUGAUGUUGUUGGAAAUAUAUUCUGACGGACUUUAAUAGUGGAUAAUUCUCUUUGUUGUUUAUCAAUUCAUUAACUACUUAAUUUAAAAUCAGUAGUAUUUACUCUUUUCAGAAAGUCUAAUAUCCGUCAAUUUUGAAUGUCAUUGUUACUCCCUGGUAGGCUUUUGUACAAUGGAAGUCAAUAACGACAAUACUCGUAUUUGACCUUUUCAGUAGUUUUGAAUAUCGUCCGUAAAAUUUUGUGGAACUUCUCACAUCUUGUGAAAGGUGCACGCGGGUACGAAAUGUAAUGGAUUUUUAAAAAUCAGCUCGAUAUAUUGUGAGUGAAGUUUGCAAUAAAUAUUUUUAAAAUAUUAUCAAUAUUUGGAGAAUUUUAAUGUCCUCAUUAUAGUGAUCUCAAAUGUGAUAUAGUCAAAACAUGUACAGUUAUUUGUCUGUGAUGAUACCGGCAUGUUUUCCAUAUGAAUUGAAAAGUAUUUUGUUGUACCAAAGGGAUGUUGUUAGAAUCUCCCUCUCUCUCUCUCUCUCUCGCCAACCAAACCUACUGAGGACGUCCUCACAAUGUGUAGAAGAGAAUACAUAUAUUAUUCUAAAGGCAAACAAGUACUAUGGUAGGUAUAGCUAUAGGGACACCUACAAAAGUUUAUCUAAUUCUCUCUUUCGAAUUAUGAAAAAAGGUAUUUGAGAGAGAAUAUUAGUAAGGACAUGUCCUCACACCACUUGUCCCUACUAACCUAAUAUUUUGUAUCUACAUCUUUCACAUGCUGUAGAUCACAUUUAUGAGGACGCAAUUGUGAGGACAAUUUUUUUGUAGUGCAAUUCUAUUCUCACGACUUCUGUCCAUUGGUUAAAAUUUGUCCUCACUUUACACGUUUUACUGACUCUCUCUCUCUCUCUCUCUCUCUCUCUCUCUCUCUCAUUACAUUACAGUUAUGUAUGUGUAUAUCAAUGUAGAUAUCCUGAUCAUGUUUUCUGUUAUUUCAUUUAAUAUAACAUAAUAAAUACAGAAAAUAUUUAAUUCUACAAUAAA